UCUGCACUAUAAAUGUGAGGGAAGUGCAUUUUCACCAUUUGAAACCGUGUGUGAAGAACAUUAAAGCAAGCAUGUACAUUGAAUCUGUAGCUAUGAUUAUUAGUUUUGCAGCUCUUAUUGCUUCUCUUUGUUUGUUGUUUGCUAGCCUGGUGUACUUUGAGCUGAAGAAAUCAAACAUUCCUCCUGGAGUUGACAGUCCUGGAAAACUACAUGUGGUUUAUUGUGUGUUUGUGGGGAUUGCGAUUGUGGGCCGAUGUCUGGAGCGACUGGGGCUAUGCGAUCAAGUGAAUUUCACACGAUGGUGCAGAGCUCGCAUCAUGGUCCACAAAGGGCCGCUUCCCCCUGGGCUUUGUAUUAAGGACAUGACCUUCAGUGGAGUUCCAGUGAGGGUGUAUGAGCCUACAGCAACCACGGGAGAGAAAAAAAGAGGCUUAGUUUAUUUUCAUGGUGGAGGCUGGGUGUUUGGCAGCAUUGAUGAGUAUGAUGAGGUGUGUCGAUAUGUUUCGUUGGAGAGCAACACCGUUGUUGUGUCCGUCGGUUACAGGCUGGCACCCGAGCAUCGGUACCCUGCCCACAUGGAUGAUUGCGAGGUCGUGACUCGCCACUUCCUGUCAAUAGCGACAGCUGAUUUCGGGGUGGACCCACGCAGGGUGGCAGUUGGUGGGGACAGCGCAGGGGCGAACCUGGCAGCCGCACUUUGCCAGAGGCUGGCGAAAACACAAGAUGGUCGUCUGCCAUCUCCCUGUGCCCAGGUUCUCAUCUACCCUGCUUUACAGAUGGCAGAUUUCAACCUGCCGUCAUACCAGCUGAACCACUCUGUGCCCAUAUUGUUCAGAAGUCGAGUGGUGUACCAUUUUUUGCAGUACCUAAACGGCGAUAUAUCUGUGGGUCAGGAUCUUCUGGAUGGAAAGCACGUUCCUGCCGAGCUACAACUACAUUAUAAGAAAUGGCUGGAUCCAGCUAAUCUUCCACUUCAGUUUAGAAAAGGAGUAAAGAGUCAACAGGUUAUCUCAGAGCAUAAUGCUGAGGUCCAUCAUAAAAUCAAACAUGGCCUUGAUCCAGAAAUGUCCCCUUUACUAGCAGAGGAUGAUGUUCUACGCCUCUCACUGCCCACCUUUGUACUGACCUGUGAGUUUGAUGUGUUGAGGGAUGAUGGCAUUCUGUUCCAAAAGCGACUGAAGGAUCUAGGUGUUGAUGUCACAUGGCAGCAUAUAUCUGAUGGCUUCCAUGGGAUCAUGAGCUUCUUUAACAAGGGCUGGCUGACAUUUCAGUCUUCUCAAAAAGUUAUGGACAGCUUUGUAAGCUUUAUAAAGACAUUGUGAAGACAAGGCAUGACUUUAAGUCGGUUAAAAGAAUUAUACUUUAAAAGGGAACAUUUAACAAGACUUUUUAAGAUGUAAAAUAAAUCAUUGGUGUCUCCAGAGUACGUAUGUGAAGUUUUCUCUCAAAAUAUCAUAUAAUUUAUUAUAACAUGUUAAAAUUGGCACUUUGUAGGUGUGAGCAAAACUGUGCCAUUUUUGUGUCCUUUUAAAUGCAAAUGAGCUGAUCUCUGCACUAAACGGCAGUGUCGUGGUUGGAUAGUGCAGAUUAAGGGGCGGUAUUAUCCCCUUCUGACAUCACAAGGGGAGCCAAAUGACCUAUUUUUUCACAUGCUUGCAGAGAAUGGUUUACCAAAACUAAGUUAAAAGGGUUGUUCUUUUUCACAUUUUCUAGGUUGAUAGAAGCACUCGGGACCCAAUUGUAUAAAUUAAACAUGGAAAAAUUCAGAUUUUCAUGAUAUGUCCCCUUUAAAUGAAUAGUUCACCUAAAUAUGAAAAUUCUCCCAAUAAAUUGCAGAUGUACAGUAUAUGACUUCAUUUAUUCAGUUAAACACAAACUAGUAAAUUUAUAUUAAAAUGUCAUCAUGUUUGUUCUUAUAUAGUGGUAAGCAUGGCAUUAAGUUCAAAUAUAUGGACAUGUCAGUAAGUCGAAUCUUAUUGGUUCUUGCAUGUCUCAUGAAGAAACAUACAUAUGACAUGUCAUGAGAUCUGGGAACCAAUGAGAUACAAAGUUACUGACGUGCCGCCAUAUUUGAAUUCACCGCUCUGUACCAUGGUAUGUGUCGUAUUGAUUGCUAAAUAAGCUCAAGAUAUUAAAGUGCACCUAUUGUCUGAUUCACGUUUUUACAUUUCCUUUGGUGUGUAAGUGUGUAUUAGUACAUGUUAAAGAUAUGCAAAAGGUACAAACCCCAAAGUAAACAAUCGUCUCCAACGUAAAUCUCUUUUCUUGGACUACAACAAACACACGAAUUGUAGGCAACAGUUUACUUCCUGGGCCUGUUGAUGUAGACAAGACCGACAUUAUCCUAAUUCCUCCCGCUUUGGACUGACAGCCUGUAAGUUAACUCUUGUUAGCAACCAAUUCUUUUAAACAUGAUAAGGAGCGUCACAUUUCCGGCUGACGUCAGAGGUAUUCAGACCAAUCACAAGGGGGACAGAGCUUUUCAAAUCCGUGUUUCAGGAAGAGAGUGAAAUCUGGAGCUACAAAAAUGUACGGAAUGUGGAAAAUUAUGUGUUUUUUAACCAUAAACCAAGCUAACACAUUGUAUUAUACAAAAUAACGUUGAUUUUUAGCACUGAAAUGGUGCACUUUAAGCAUUUUAACUCACAAAUGUAUCAUUACUCUUCUGAAGAUAUUUAUCAACCCACUGAAGUCAUUUAGAUUAAUGGUGGAUGUAAGAGCUUUUUGGAGAUGUUAAGCCUUACUGUAUAUAAACAUAACACGAUGGCAUUUUAAUAUAAAAUUAUUAGUUUGUGUAUAACUGAUGAAAGCUGGCAUGCCAUGAGGCCGAGUAAAUCAUAAAAUAAUUUUAAUAUCCCUUUAUGUGACCCUGCCUGUAAAAAACAAGCUAAAGCCAUGUUUUAAAAUGUACUGUUUACAUAAAAUCAUCCUACAUAAUAGAUAUAAUAUUCUGUGAAAAUAUAACCUAUAUUUAAUAUUGACAGAUUACGGCCAUUUAACAGAAAGGAUUUAAAAGAUAUCAGUUUUCAGCUGGCAAUAUUCUGUGAAUACAGUACUAAGCAGACAAAUUACCAUUUUUUCUUUCAAACCAAGAAAUAAUUUGUAUUUGAUUGGUGUAGUUUUGCAUUAAACUGUUUUUCCCAUGUACAAACAAUGCAUAAUUUGUCCAUUGAGUCAGAAAUGAUGUUCUAAAUUGUGACACAUACUUAAAAUUCC